CGCUACAUCCAAAGUCCGGAUUGCGACGCUCUUUCCUCGAACGUUUUUUGCACGAGUUUUUUCCAUACGUAUUUGUUCAUUGACAAAAACUCAAGCUGCGUUCUGUGCGUGCGUGUGUGUGCCGUGCGAGUGUGUGUGUAUGAAAGCCCGCUUGUGUGAGUGCGGUGCUUUGUGUGCAGAAUAAUUUUUGCAAACAUUAUGUAAAUGCGCAAAUUAAAGUUCAAUCGACGACAAUUUUCGAGUCCAAAACCAGAUCGCCUUGCUUUAAGUGCCACGAAGCAACAGUUUUUAUUUUUUUGGGAAAGUAACACCCCAAUAAACACUCCCCAAACACCCACAUAAUUCGCAGGAUCGGAAAAACGAUCCACCGGAUAUACCUUUACCGUUACGAAAAAUCCAAAAUGGCCACGACAGCGGCCGCAAUGGCUGCUACAAGUGUUGUUGUACUAGAUCGCGGCAACAAUACUACCUGUACCAUCAACUUGCACGGUGCCACGGUCGUGUCCUGGCGGGUAAACAAUCAGGAGCAGUUGUUUGUCAGCAAACUGGCCUCGUUCGAUGGCAAGAAGGCGAUACGUGGCGGGAUUCCCUUUGUCUUUCCUCAGUUCGGUGCCUGGUCCUUCGGACCUCAGCAUGGAUUUGCGAGGAUUACCAGGUGGCAUUUGGAGAGACCUCCGGACAGGCUGCACAAUGGCGAUGUCGAGGCUAUAUUCUCACUGAUGGACAACGACUUUACGCGAUCUAUAUGGAACUAUCAGUUCCGCAUCACCUACCGGCUGAUCCUGCGCGAAAAGGAGCUACACUUUCACAUCGGCGUCUACAAUCCCAGCAAGGAGCUGAGCUUCACCUUCAACAUGCUGCUGCACACCUACCUAAAGGUGCCCGAUGUUCGCCGGUGUCAGAUCACUGGUCUCCAGGGCUGCCACUUCAUCGACAAGACGCGGGAGAAUGCGUUGUACCAGGAGGGCCGAGAGGUGGUAACCGUCAACGAGUGGACCGACCGGAUCUACCAGCACACACCGCAGGAGCACGUCAUCACCAACGUGGUUUCCGGCCGCAAGAUGAGACUGCACAAGUACAAUUUUCCCGACACGGUCAUCUGGAAUCCCUGGAUCGAUCGAUCGCGUGAGAUGAGUGACUUCGGGGACGACGAGUUCCCCAACAUGUUGUGCGUGGAGGCGGGCAACGUGACCUCGCCCGUCAUCCUGCUGCCGGGCACCGCCUUCGAGGCCAGCCAGAUCCUUCAGAACUUCAAGUGUCCCUAUACCAUAAACUCAUCCAACUGGAAAAGCAAACUAACCGAUUUCAUACAAUACGAAUAGAGCCGCUGUUCCCAUCUCCAUUAUCCAAUUCAAACUCUUUACUUUGCAUGCUAUCGCUAUCAGAUCAUCAUCGAGGGCAAUGUUAGUCGCAAGACCAAGCGGAAUCGCUAGCGUUUAAAGAAUCGGAACCCGAUGAGGUAAACCGAUUCGCAACCACGUCAAAGCGCACUUUUCCACAGAG